GAGGCAGAGGGAGAAGCAGGCUUCCCACCUAGCAGGGAGCCCAAUGCGGGACUCGAUCCCGGGACUCCAGGAUCACGACCUGAGCCGAAGGCAGACGCUUAACCAUCUGAGCCACCCAGGCGCCCGGGGUUUAUUAUUAUUUUAAAAUGUCAUGUUAUUUUAUUCAGUUACUGCACUUGAAAGGACGAAAUCAUUCAUUAGUGACUAUAGCAUCUUUUGGACAGGUAAAGCAAAUAUGAAGAAUGAAAGUGCUGUAUUUUGUGCAUUUUCCAAAUUAUUUGGAUAUGUUUAUUGGAUCAGUUCUGUGAACACAUAGAAUUUAAAUUCCUAUGCAAAAUUUCUACUUUAUUUUUUGAACUUAAACUUAUGCUCAGUUUAAUUUGGAGUUUUGAUAUUCUAGUAAGCCUUAAUCUUGUUUCAAUAUUUGUUGGGGGAGAACAUACUAAUCGUUAGAGACAUCAUUUAGUGUUACCUUCCAAAAUUUGCAGCUGUUUAGAACCAGAUACUUGAGGGACGCUACUGUGGCAUAAUGAAUGCCUUCCUUGUUAAGUCAUGUGUGACAAAGGCAAAAUUCAGCAAGUGCAUAAUCUACAGUCCUUUGGAAGCAUCAACAAGAAAGAGCAGAUUAAUUCCAAAUGCAUUUAGGUUAUCUGGAAAUUGAAUUCUUGUCAUUCUUUAUCUUUGUAUAAUUUAACUUUAGUUGAUGUUUAUGGUAUUUUGAAGCUGAUGAACGUACUAUAUUAUCUAGGAGAGUACUAAUGAUUAAAAUGUAGGUGUUUCUUAACAUUAGCUGAAAGAGUUUAUCAACCUAUCAUUUCCAACUCCAUCUUCUAGUUAGCUCUCCACAGAGGAGCCUCCAGAUCUUCUCCUUUUAAAUAUUCAACUUCAGAAUCCUAGCACAUACAUUUCCUGUCCUCAGGAUAAUGUAGGUAUAAAUAUGAACCUAAGCAUUAAUAUGUGUGAUUAAAUAUUAUUAUAAGGCAUGGGUUUCAUUCAUCUAACAGACAAUUUUUGAAUACCUCUAUACCAGGUACUCAGCCAGGGACUGUGACAUGCAGAUGAAUUGUCCUUGCUGCAAGGAUCCUUGACCUUUGUGUUAAUAUUCCCUUGCCAUGGAGGGCCAUGGGUUUGAGGAGCCAGAAUUGGACAAAGAGGAUGAGCCAUUUAUGUUAUGCCAGAUUGGCCAGAGGUCUCAUCUCAAGAGUUAAAUGGAAAGUCUCUUUAUAUUGUUUGGAAAGAAUGUAGGCUUGCAGAGGGAAACCCAGUGUGAGAUAUGGAGUCAUUUGGUAUAAACUGCUGAGCUAACUACCUUCUGAAAGUAGGCUCCACACCGGGCUUGAACUCACAACCCUGAGAUGGAGACCUGAGCUGAGAUCAAGAGUUGGACACUUAAUUGACUGAACCACCCAGGCGCCCUUGGAUUUUACAUUUUACUCAGUCUGGCACUUUUAAGUUUUUAUGAUGAAAGCCUCUGUUAUGCACCUAAAGCCAUAUUGGAAACUCCAGAAGAAAGUGCGACCUCUGGAAAUCAGCAAGGAAACUCUGAAAACUCCUAUGAGCCACCAAGAAGCUAUAGAUCAUGAGAAAUGCAAAGCUAGCUACGUGAAACCAAGUGUCUUUCCUUCACCCUCUCUUGGUAAAGCAUCAUCUCGAAAGCCUUUUGGGAUUCUUUCUCCAAAUGUUCUGUGCAGCAUGAGUGGGAAGAGUCCCAUAGAGAGCAGCUUGAAUGUUAAAACCAAGAAGAAUGCACCAUCUGCAACAAUCCACCAGGGUGAAGAAGGGGAAGGGCCGCUUGAUAUCUGGGCUGUUGUGAAACCAGGAAAUACCAAGGAGAAAAUUGCAUUCUUUGCAGCCCACCAGUGUAGCAAUAGGAUAGGAUCUAUGAAAAUAAAAAGCUCCUGGGAUAUUGAUGGGAGAGCUACUAAAAGAAGGAAAAAAUCAGGGGAUCUUAAAAAAGCCAAACUACAGUUAGAAAGGAUGAGGGAAGUCAACAGCAGGUGCCACCAGCCUGAGCCCUUUGCGUGUGGCAUCGAGCACUGUUCUGUGCAUUAUGUGAGUGACAGUGGCGACGGCAUCUAUGCCGGGAGGCCUCUGUCGGUCAUACAGAUGGUCGCCUUCCUUGAGCAGAGAGCCAGUGCCCUGCUAGCUACCUGCACGAAAAACUGCACUAACUCACCUGCCGUGGGGAGGAUUCCUGGGCAGUGCCGAGGUGUGCUCCCAGCCUCCGAGCCCUUUUCUGCUCCCGGAGCUUGUGAAGAAUCCACGGAGAGAGGAAAUCCUGAGGUUGGGGAACCACAGAGUGAGCCAGUCCGUGUCCUUGACAUGGUAGCCAGGCUGGAGUCUGAGUGCCUGAAGCGGCAGAGCCAGCGUGAGCCUGGGAGCCUCUCGAGGAAUAACAGCUUCCGUCGGAACGUGGGCCGGGUGUUGCUUGCAAAUGGCACUCAGGCUAAUGAAGGCAAAACAAACGAAGGCGCCUUGGAGGCACCAGACACUCAGGGGAAUCCUGUGGGGUCUGUAUCUGUGGACUGUGGCCCCUCAAGAGCUGACCGUUGUUCUCCUAAGGGAAAUGAGGCCUGGGACAGUGCUCCUCGGGGCUGUCCCCCAUUGCCAGCAAGUGUGAAUUUCCUCACGGACGGUGCAAAAUUUGAGCCAGAUCAGCACACUGCUAUGAAAAACGGCGAUAGAUAUGAUGUGGAAAUGACAGAGGAACUUGCCGGCUCGCCUUUUCCUCCUCACGCCUGCUCUCAAGCCAUUGGAUUGCCCACCGAUGCUGUUGAUUGUAUGAGGAGAGAGCUCGCGCCGCUUACUAGCCAGAGUCCUGAUCAGAGAAGAAGGGGAUCUUUGUGCAUUAGUAUCACUGUGUCCAAGGUAGAGCAAGGCCAGCCUUCUCGUUCAGAGCCCUGCGAAGACCCACUUCCGGGGAUGUUGUUCUUUUUGCCACCUGGUCAGCGCCAGCCAGACUGUUCGCAGUUGAGUGAAAGCACAAGGGGGACCGCUGAGGCCGGCCGGCUUCACGAUGCUGCGGAGGGUGACAGUGCAUCAGAGGAAGAAAGGGUUCCCGCGGAUGCCUUCGUCCUGCCAGCAUCUCCGGUGGAAAGUGCAUUCCCGGUGCUGGAGGCAGCCGGUGGGAAGAAGCAAGUGUCUCAUGACUUUCUGGAGACCAGGUUUAAAAUCCAGCAGCUUUUGGAGCCUCAGCAGUACAUGGCGUUUCUGCCCCACCACCUCCUGGUGAAAAUCUUCAGGCUGCUUCCCACCAAGAGCUUAGUGGCUCUCAAGUGUACCUGCUGCUAUUUCAAGUUUAUCAUUGAAUACUACAACAUCAGGCCGGCAGACUCCCGCUGGGUGCGAGAUCCACGAUACAGAGAGGACCCUUGCAAGCAGUGCAAGAAGAAAUACGUGAAAGGGGAUGUGUCCCUGUGCCGGUGGCACCCCAAGCCCUACUGCCAGGCAUUGCCCUACGGGCCAGGGUACUGGAUGUGCUGCCACCGGUCUCAGAAGGGCUUCCCCGGCUGUAAGCUGGGGCUUCAUGACAAUCGCUGGGUCCCUGCUUGCCACACCUUCAAUCGGGCAAUCCAUAAGAAAGCAAAGGGGACCGAAACUGAAGAGGAAUACUAAAUCUGUGUGAGAGGCGACAAAAGGACUGAUCUUUAAAAUUGCAAGCCACCACCUAGAUCUACCAUUCAAGUGAAGGUUGCCUCUCCGAGCCCGCACUCUAGGAGAAUCUGUACUUACUCCAUCAGGACUGCCAUUGCUCAGGCAUUUUUUUUUUUUUUUUUAAACUCUUGCUUUAUGAGCUAUACAAGGAAAUUGGUCUCGUUGCUUUAGAGUGGCGCCUCCCAUUUGGCCCAGGGUGGUAUCCCACGGUUUGAUUCACUUGGCUGUGAAUAUGCCUGUUCUCCCAAAUCAAAUCCAUCCUCAAAGGACAAAGACUUGCCACCAUCCAGGACGUUCAGAAGAGUUCAUCGCAGACUAUGCAGGCAGUCCCCAAAAAAGGGUCCCAGAAAUGUUUUAAGCACUGGCACCAUAUUUGAAAUAAGUGAAUAGUGUCCUAUGGAAAGAAGAGCAGCACUCUUCGGAUGAAAAGUAUGCUUACAAAGGAAAAGUCAGGCACCUUACCUUAGCCCUUGUAUGCUUGAUCUGUGCGAUUGAAGUUUGUGGUUGGAGAUGGAUUUCAUGCCCUGUGGUGUUUACAGUGUAUAUAAUGGUUGUGUUUUCAUAGGGCUAUGAAAGUGCACAUUAAACCCGAGCGCCUUUACCUUAGAUGAGUGCUUUUGGCCCCUCUGUAAAUAACACUAUUAAAUCCAGUUGUAUAUAGUGGACAACAGACUGAACAUAAUCCCCACAAUGCAGCUAGGAUGGUGUUGCGGCUACAAUUGUGUGGUUUUUUGUUUUGUUUUUUUUAAAUCGUCUCGUCUUAAACUUGUACAUCCUGUAUAAAAUAUGAAUGUUUCCCAAAUAAACUAUGAAUGUUUCCUGUAUAAUAUAUGAAUGUUUCUGAGAAGAAACUCUAAAUAGUUAAGAGGUUAACCUGUUGAAGAUACCAAAUAAUGGUUUAACUGGACAACCUUAUAAUUAGCAUAGAGAACAAUCCUUUGUUAUAUUUUAGUGAUCCUCCAAGAAUGAGAAGAUAUUAUAUAGUCAGAUUAUAACAUUCUUGUCUACUUUACUCUGUCUGGUUACAAAUUUUUUUUUUUAACUUCAAUAAAAACAUGCAUCUUAAAUGGGA